ACCCCCAACUCCCCCUGCCAACUUUUUAAAAAAUUGAUCUGGCUGUUCUCUUAUUUCCCUCUGUAUCCAAACAGGACGAGAGAGGAUGGAACCACUCUAUCAGGCUGGGUCCAUUCUCAUGAAGGUGAAUACUUUACAAGGCAAGAAGAUGGUGGAGAGUGGCCUCCAGUCUGGGGACUUUUCUCUCCCCCAGUCCUGGACCUCCUGCCUCCAGCAACCUGCUGACUUGGAAAUCUUGCAGCAGAAGGUGGCUGGGAUACAGCGGGAGCUGGAGGACUUCAAGAAGGAGGCACUGAAGGCUAUUCGGUGCCUGGAAGACGCCUUCUGUGAGAUGAACGGGAUCUUGGCGCAGCAGGAGGAGCAAGCAGCCCGGGUAAAGCAGCGGCUGCGGGAGGAAGAGGAUCGGGGCAUUGUGAGAAACAAGGUCCUCACCUUCCUGCUGCCUCGUGAGAAGCAGCUCCGGGAGCAGUGCAAGCGACUGGAGUGCAUGCUGCUAAGCAGGGACCCAGAUGUACAGGCUCUGCCCCGAAAGCCCCAGACACACUGAGGCCCUCUAUGGCAGAAAUCAAGUUCCCAGCCUAGCAGCUAAGCAGAAGAUUCUUUUUUUUUAAAUGACUUUCAUUCGACCUAAAUAACACCUUGUUGAGAGGCAAAAGGAUCCCUGUAUAUUCCUUUAGUCAAGUCCCAUUUAUAUCCUCAUGGAGGGUAGCACCCCAAUACUAAGUUACUCAGAUACCUGUAA